CGGUGGAACGGAGCGGAGCGGCGGGAGCGUCGCUGCCUCCGGCCGCCGGUAGGUCGGCGGCGGGUAACGUGACACUGGCGGCUGGGGACUUAUAAACCUUACACGGGGAGCAGGCCGGCGGCGACGAGCCAGGAGGGAGGCGGUAGAACGGCGUCCGUUCGCCCUCCCUCACGGGUUGAGGCGGGAGCAGCGAGCGCAACCCCUCUGAGGACCCCGGUGAAGCCAAUGCCCAGGCUGGAGAACCGCGGCUGGAGCUGUUCCUGCACUGCCAGGGGAAGGCACAAAACCCAGACGGGGGACACGGCUGCCGGGAUGGCCACCAAGGGGGGCGAGAUGCUGAAUUCUCCCGCCUCCAGCCCCUCGCUUACGCUGGCGGGUAACGGAGCACGGACCCCCAGCACCUCCAAUGCCAGCAGCAGCAGCACCUCCAGCACCAGCACCACCAGCACCACCUUGAACUUGAGUCAGCACCUGGUGCAGAGGAGCGUGGUCCUCUUCGUCGUCGGUGCUUUCAUGGCCCUGGUGCUGAACUUGCUGCAGAUCCAGAGGAAUGUGACUCUCUUCCCUGACGAGGUGAUUUCCACCCUUUUCUCCUCCGCCUGGUGGGUGCCCCCGUGCUGCGGGACAGCGGCAGCUGUUGUUGGCCUGCUGUAUCCCUGCAUUGACAGCCACCUUGGGGAGCCACACAAAUUCAAGAGAGAGUGGGCCAGCGUAAUGAGAUGUAUAGCAGUUUUUGUUGGCAUUAAUCAUGCAAGUGCUAAACUAGAUUUUGCAAACAACAUCCAGCUGUCCCUGACUCUGGCAGCCCUAUCCCUGGGUCUUUGGUGGACAUUUGACCGUUCAAGAAGUGGUCUUGGACUUGGAAUUACAAUAGCCUUUGUAGCAACUCUGAUAACCCAGUUUCUUGUAUAUAAUGGUGUUUAUCAGUAUACAUCUCCAGAUUUUCUUUACAUCCGUUCUUGGCUUCCAUGUAUAUUUUUCUCAGGAGGUGUGACUGUAGGAAACAUAGGACGCCAACUGGCUAUGGGUAUUCCAGAGAAACCACACGCUGACUAAAUCUUUGAAGAAGAGAGCACAGUGCCAGUGUGAAAGCAACUUUACGAAGAUGUGCUCCUGUUCUAAAUUGAAGAUUAUUUAGGAAGAAAUAAUCUUUUUUUUAUGGGCUCACUGCACAAAUGACUUGUGGAAAAAAUAUUAAUCCACUCUUAGAAUAGCCAAGUGAAAUUAACUGCUUAUCUUGAAAUCUCACCUUGAUUUACCACAUAAGCAUUUGCGUAUGGCUGUUCUCUGGAAGAGUUUAACACCAACUUGCAUACAGCUGGUCAGGCUAAGUGGCAGUUUUCAAAGUAUUAGAUUCCAGUGUAAGUUACUGAAGCAGCUGCCACAUUUUAAAGCCUUGAAACUGAAAUGUAAUUACAAGGUCUUGUAUCAGUGCCCAAAGGAAGUAGAUCGAUGGUGCUUAACAAUGAUGAAGUAUGGUUUAAUAGGAAUAGUAUUUAUCCAAAUCUUUAAAAAAUAGGGUUAUUUAAAAAUAAGAGUGAUCAAAACAGGCUAAAGGCAUUGCACUAAUGCUUUUAAGAGUCAUAUGAAGGAAUCAUGCCCUUUCUUGUAAUGCUGCAUUAAGUUUCUGUCCUUCACAGUGGAGAGGGUUGGAGGGUCAAAAGGUUGAAAGUCACUUAGUUUGGAAUUUCUAAAUUAUUUCAGUACAGUGGGUGAACACUGAAGACAAUCUUGUUCUAACAUGAAUUAUACUAGGAAAUUCUGACUGAAAGUUUCAUUACUUCUGAAACUUCAGUCAGAUUUGCAAGACUCGAGUUCAGGCCCCAAUUCACUAAAGAAUUUUAAGUGUGUGUGUGUGAGUACUCCUGCUUAAUAUUAAGAUGUAUGCUUUGGUCUAUCACUGAAGGAGGUCUUAGGUAUCUGAAAUGUCUGGUGUCACUGAAUAAACGUACAUUGUAGGCCACUGCUUGGCCAUGGAGUAUGUGCCCCCAACUCCCUAGAUCUGCAGUUUCCUCCUAGAGGUGUCCUUGAUCUUGCUCGUGUUUAAGUCAGGGUUUUGACUGAAAGGAUUGGCAGCAGAAGCACACCUAAAAUGUGAUUUAAACUGUAUGUGAACAGUAGCUCAUUUUCUCAGUUCAGUUUCUGAAAGAGAUCACUGCUUGUUUUUUCACAACCCUAUAGAACUUGCAAUCUGUGAUUGCCUGCUUAAAAAAAAAAAAAAAAGUGCUUAUGUCACUACAUUAAACAUUUGGUGUUUCUUAAUACUUAGUUCUGGUGAGCACAACGUAUUCAUUUGAUUGCUUAGACCACAGGAGACCUAAAUAGCAAGUAUUAGGUCUUAAAGUUGAAGUGCAAUGUAUAGUAAAUCUGAGCCUCAUGUUCUCUUCUAUAUCAAUCAUUUCUUAUGAGAGAUUAAAGAGAAAAGGGUUCUGAGUUCAUUUCAAUGCUGCAUGGAGUCAAAUGGAGCAAUAAUUUAUUUAACUAGUAAAGCUAGUUUUGUUGUAUCUUUCAUUGAACCCAAAUUUUUAGAACUACUCCAAUUUUGUGGUUAUGGUGUACUUGUAAACGUUUAUGGAUUUGCCUUUUUGUAUUAUGCAAAUUUAUUUUGUGUGUGUUCAUUUCCAUUCUUAAUGAUUUCAGAUACAUUUAGUGGCAUCAGUUAAUGAUUCACCCAUCAAAAACAAUGUUGAGGGAAGGUAGCAGUGUUCUUGCUGUUUUCACUCUUUUAAGGGAAUGCUGUAACUGCUGCUUGUGCUUUUUUGUAGCAGGAAAUGUGUAGCACGAAGUCUCUAUUGCAGAGUGGACCCCAAUUCUAAUCCUGCUUUGCUGUUCAUCAAGAGUAAUUUCACUGGUGUAAGAUCCUUUCUCAAAUGUUUAAGACCUAAAAAAAUCACAUUUUAUAGGAGUACUUGAAGAAAAUAGGUCCUCAGAUCAGGACUGGAUCAGCUCAGCUAUUUUAAAACUAUGCUACCUGCUGGGGAGAGAGUUUUGUAAUCAUCUUAAAACCAAUUUCAAAAUACUAUAAACCUAGAUGUAAGUAAAGGGGACAGUGAUCUCUACAGCUGUUUGACUGAUGGAGAAGUAUUUAUUUGUGAAGAGUGCAACUAAAUCUGUAUGUGUUAAAAAUAACGCAGCCAAAAAUGUAAGUCAAAAGUUCAUUUUUUGCCAAUACUUCUGAGUAUCUUAACCAAAGUGAUUUAAGUUUGGAAGAACCAGGAGGUGAAUAAGGAAAAUUUGCACUAUUCUGAAUUUGAACACUUAAAUUCUCAUUCUUACUGAUAAGUUUUCAGCGGUGUGUUUGGUUUUACACUUUUUUUACUAUUAAAGUUUUAAGAUCAAGU